AAAAAAGUUGCAGCGAACAUCAGUUCCGGCUGCAAGGGAGAGAAAAAAAGUUUCACAUCUGCGCGGAUCGAGGCCUUCGCACGCGUCAGAAUCUCCUUGGAGUCUCGUACAGUCUUUUAAUUUCCAAAACCUCCACAGCCGUGUAUAGUUUCUAAACAUGAAGCAAUGAAGCUAUCAACAAACUCGUCGGUUCCGGUGUAUACCAUCGCCGGCUCCUCAACUGCACGACCUCUGCCAGACUGGCUCGUAAGGAAGCGAAGGCGAAGUUUGAAGCAGGAUCCAGAAUUCGCCAAUCGUGUCGAACUAUUACAGGAUUUCGGCUUUGAGGAGGCAAGCUCAUGUGUGAGGGUCAGCGAAGAUGGCCACUGGGUUAUGAGCACAGGCACGUAUAAGCCACAAAUUCAUGUGCAUAACCUCGAUCAACUCUCUCUUUCGUUCGCGAGACAUACCGACACUCUCAAUGAGACUUUCAUACUUCUGUCAACGGACUAUUCUAAAUCGCUCCACCUCCAAAGCGACCGAUCGUUAGAGUUCCACACGCCCGGCGGUUGCCACUACAAAACUAGAAUACCGCGCUAUGGCAGAGGACUCGCGUACGACAGGAGAUCAGCCGAGGCUCUAAUACCUGCGGUUGGCCUGAACGAACAAGGAAAUGGAGAGGUCUUUCGAUUGAACCUCGAGCAAGGGCGCUUUAUGAAGGGUUAUGAGGUCGAUGUGGGAGCUGAAGAUGCAAGCACUGUUGGGGCGGGGUCUUUACAGGGCAGCAUUAGCGUUGGCAGCGUAAAUUCAGCGUCCGUGGCAGAAGAAAGCCAUAACUUGCUCGCGUUCGGGACAUCCUUAGGCACGGUCGAGUUUUGGGAUCCUAGGUCCAAGAAUCGAGUGGGCAUAUUAUCCAUACCCCAAAAUCAGACUUACGAUGGGGGAACUACGGGUGCAGUCACAGCUUUGAAUUUCCAUCCCUCUGGGCUUAGUCUAGCUGCGGGGUCUUCGGAUGGCUUAAUUCACCUUUACGAUUUGCGCUCUCCGCUGCCGCUUUUAAAAAAAGAUCACGGUUACGGAUAUCCAAUUCAGGACCUCAUUUUUCUCGAAUCCUCCAGCCGAUCGCGAUCGCAGACCAUAGAACCCAAAAUUCUUUCUGCGGACAAACGCAUUAUCAAGAUCUGGGAGCCUUCAGAUGGUAGCCCUUGGACCUCUGUAGAACCCGCGGUGGAUCUGCAUCAUGUUGAAUGGUGCAAAGACAGCGGCAUGCUUUUGACUGCCAACGAAGGGCAGCAACAGCAUGCUUUUUUCAUACCACAGCUCGGCCCGGCACCGAAAUGGUGUGCGUUCCUCGAUAAUUUGGUCGAGGAAAUGGCGGACGAUCCUAACGACCCUCAUGCGUUCGGUAACUUGCGCAAAGCUGGCGAGGUCUAUGACAACUACAAAUUCCUGACCUUAUCGCAAUUGAAACAGCUUAAUAUGGAUCAUCUCGUGGGAAAGACAGGCCUGCUACGGCCCUACAUGCAUGGAUAUUUUGUUAAUCAAAAGUUAUAUGAGGAGGCUGUACUAAUUAAUAACCCCACGAUUUGGGAGGAACAACGAGCAAAAAGUAUCAAGGAAAAAAUUGAUAAGGAGCGUGAAAGCAGGAUCAGAGGAAGGAAGAAAGUUCAAGUAAAGGUCAAUCGUAAGCUUGCUGAAAGGAUCCUCGAAAGAGAAGAGAAAAACCAGAGGCGCAAAGCCCAGCGCAUUCUAGCGAAGGGUGGUGACGAAGACAUGGUUGGCAUACCGAAGUCUGGCGAAGCCCCUCGGGACGGGCCUGAUGAGGCUUUACCCCUCAAACGAGAACGGCCUGAUUUACUUAAGGAUGAUCGCUUCACUAAACUAUUCGAGGAAGAAGAUUUCGAAAUUGAUGAGACCAGCAGAGAGUUUCAAACGCUCAAUCCAUCCACACGAUCAUCUACUACAGAGGAGCCGAAGCGAAUAAUGAAGGGCCUUACGGCGGUUGAAGAGGAGGAACUCGAAGCACUGAAGGCUAGUAGCGACGAAAAUGAUGAGUCCUCUUCAUCUGACGAAGACGAUACUGUUCGGAGAAAACCAGAUAGAGAUUUUGUCAAUUCCAGGAAACGCCUAAAUGGGAAGAAGCAGGUUUCUCAGGCGCCGCAGAUGCGGGUCUCUUCUUCGACGGGAGUUCUAAAUGGAAUGAGUUCUCUUAACAAGAAAGAUCGAUCUUUCGGUGCUCGGACUGGGAGCCUGAAAGAGAAAAGCAAAAGUACUGUGAGAGUAUCAUCAGGAGGAGCUGUCGGAGAGAAGGAGAUCAGUUUUGUACCUGCACGUAAACAGAAAUCACAGUCUGUACCGGAUGAAAGCAGGAAAAAAGAUAAAAAGGAAAGAAGAAGUGCGAGCGGCAACGUCUUUAGACGGAUGUAGUCAAAUGGAACAAAAAGCAUGGAUAAUGUUUUUAAUCAUGUUGAGAGUUGAGUGGAUCAGUUUAUUUUGUAGAGCGAGCUAUAAAUGAUCUCUGCUUUUUACAAGCUAAACAUUGGCUAGCUGGACAGUAAGAUGAAGGGGAGAGUGGUGACUACAUCAGUUAGGUUCACUGAAUGGACAAUUUCGAUCCUACAUGUCGCGCUGUACACAAAGGACACGAGCGUGUAUGAAAGUUAAUUUGAUGCGUUUCAGCGCACCAUCCACAUAUCUUUCCUUAAAUACACAUAGACCUUAGCUAAAUCAAAUGGGGGGAAGGCGGGAAGUUUAUUUAGCUAGAUGCAAACUUAGACGACUACGGAUAAAAGAACGCUUCGGACGGUGUACAGUAGUGCAUGGAAAAAUAUCAUGCAGGGCGGAAUUUUCCCGCGUAAAUUUCAUCUGGACAAUCUUAC